AUGUUGUUGCGAGUUUUGUCUUCGACGUCCUCUUCUUCGUCCAACAGUUCUCAACCGCAGGACGAGAAAGAAGGCGAUGAGUCGCCUCCGUCAUUAAAUAGCAUAUUGAUGACAUCAGAUGAAGAUCGUGAGAUUGAAACACAAAAAGAAAAGGAUGCUGAUGAGCUUAAUGAAGAUAUUAAGAGGUUGUCACUGGAGAACGAAGCUUCGGGUUCUUCAGAUGCACGCAGUUCUGAUGAAGCGUCGCAAGCUGCGGGACCUAGUUGUCCGUCUUUAAGUGCAAUUGAUACAACACCCGUGUCUGCUCACCGCGUUAGGCGAAAGAGAAAGCGGUUUCGCAGUAUUACCAAUUGUCAGUCGCCAAGUAGUCCUGCUUCCAAAGUUCGUGUUCCUGCGAACAGGAGAUGCUUGUCAAGGAUGAAAGCUGUAGAUCAAAGACUUUCAAAUAAUGGUAGACCACCUCCUUUAACACCCCGUCUAAAAAUGACAGGUUGCCUGAAAGCUUUGGAAACGCCUCAGAUUCCUUCAACAGCUUUUCAAAGCAUUUGUGGAGAAGAGUUGGCUAGGCUGAUGCGGUCUAUUUCAGAAGAAAGUUUGACAGAGAGUUUUAUUAUCAUUGACUGUAGAUACCCGUAUGAAUACAACGCAGGACACGUAAAGACUGCGAUUAACGUGUAUGAACCGAGGCGACUGAAAGAUAUUUUUUAUCCCAAGGAUGAAGAGUUGUUUAACAAAGCUGUGGCAAGAGUACCAAUAUUCUACUGCGAAUAUUCUCAAAAACGUGGACCGUCAGCCGCUGAAUUUUUGCGGAACAUGGACCGUUCAAGGAAUGAGUAUAGAUAUCCCGAGCUUGAUUAUAAAGAAAUUUAUGUUCUUGACGGAGGGUAUAAGAAGUUAUUCGAAGAUGGCCGCUUCAUUGACCUAUGCGAUCCUCCAGGAUAUGUGCGGAUGUAUGCAAAACGUUUCCGAAAGUCCCUUGCUAAGUAUCAUGUACAUAAGCCAAAAAUUUGUUCUAGAGUCCUCCUUACAAGUAGAGAUCGUUUUGAUAUUUCUCUAAGAAGGGCUCGAAAGCUACUCAGGAAAUCUCUCCAAUCUCCAUCCCGUUUCCCGUCGAAACAGCGUUCUUCGUCAGUAACUUCGGACGGAGAACCAUGUACUCCUAAAAAGAAACUUCCCGGGCGUCUGCAAUUUACAAGUCCCAGUUAA